AUCUCUUUUUAUUUAUUCUUUUUCAAGAGGCAUCAAAGCUGGUGUAAGAGGUGAUAUCUUUUAUUAGACCAAUGAGAUCUUUGCAAACAAAUUAUUUUAUUUCUUUGCAAGCUUUUGGGUGCACCCCCUUCAUCAGGAAGAGAACAGAGAUUGUCAAAGUUAGGUGGAAAUGAAAAUUCCUGUUACACAGGAGAGCUUGAAGGCGUGGUGAAGUCUCCAGUUUGGCGUAGUUCAUUUUGUCCAGCAUAAGCUUAAAUCGUCUCAGAAGGACAAGGUCCGCCAGUUUAUGGCAUUUACCCAGGCUGGUGAAAGGACUGCUAUAUACUGCUUAAUGCAGAAUGAGUGGAAACUAGAAGUGGCAACAGACAACUACUUCCAGAACCCAGACUUGUACUACAAAGAAUCUAUGAAAAAUUCAGUAGACAGAAAGAAAUUAGAACAAUUAUAUAACAGAUACAAAGACCCACAGGAUGAAAAUAAAAUUGGCAUUGAUGGGAUUCAACAGUUCUGUGAUGAUUUAAGCCUGGACCCUGCCAGUAUCAGCGUUUUGGUUGUAGCCUGGAAGUUCAGGGCAGCUACUCAGUGUGAAUUCAGCAAAAAGGAAUUUGUAGAUGGCAUGACAGAAUUGGGGUGUGACACCACAGAAAAACUAAAAGCUCUAUUGCCAAGACUGGAACAAGAGCUAAAGGAUCCAAUAAAGUUCAAAGAUUUUUAUCAGUUUACUUUUAGCUUUGCUAAAAACCCUGGACAAAAAGGUUUAGAUCUAGAAAUGGCAAUAGCAUAUUGGAAUUUAGUCUUAUCAGGAAGGUUUAAAUUUUUAGAUCUUUGGAAUAAAUUUUUGUUGGAACAUCAUAAAAGAUCAAUCCCAAAAGAUACGUGGAAUCUUCUGUUAGACUUUGGAAAUAUGAUUGCAGAUGAUAUGUCUAACUAUGAUGAAGAAGGAGCAUGGCCUGUUCUCAUAGACGAUUUUGUGGAGUAUGCACGACCAGUAGUCACAGGAGGAAAGCGUAAAACAUCCUAACCACAGACUCUUCAUAAUAGACUAAGUUUGCAGUCUGAACUGCAUCAGGUAACGAAGACAUUUUGGCCAAUAACCGCGCACACUGUUGCUGGUUUCAGUAGUCACGGUGAGACGCCAGUGACAAAACUGAGAUUUGCUCCUUUCUGCCUAAAGGAAAUGAUGGCUGACUUAUGGACACUGCAAGAACAAACUCAGAAGAUAGUCCAGGCUGCUCAUAGGAUAUUGGCUUCAAUUAUUGUACUGGGUGUAUCAUAUAGGAUGUAGAUUUUUGCAUGAUUUUAUACUUUGGAGAAGUUUAACUAGAGGCCAUUUUAUUGAAGUUCUGACAGCACAGCAUGCCAUUCAGUUCAUGAUCCAAGGUGAACACCAGCAGUUACAUAAUUAAAACUGUAUUAUAUUGUACUUAUAUUAAAAGCAGUAUUUGUGGUAUAUAAAUUAAAUCCCUAAAUAAAACUUAUGUAGUAUGUUGUAUUUUUAUACAGGUCAGCUCUGUGAAUUAGUCCUAAUCAUAUAAACUUAUGACAAAAUACUUACUGAUAUAUUUUUUUUUUACUUGAAGCCAGGAUUCUAAUUUUAUAUUUUUACAUUUUCUAAUGUAUAGAUUGAUUGUACCUGGCUUUUUUCUCACCUUAGAAUUAACUUCAUCAGUGUUCAUGAAGUGUUUAGUCAAAUUAGUUAGCAAUUGCUACUCUACAUUGUAUUGUGACUCCAAAGAUGCUUUGAAUAGGAUUUGCACUGUUGGUUUGGCUAUUCCUUACCUUUAUUAAAAAAGAAAAAAAAAAGACACAACCAAAGACACCUUUUUAUAAUUGUGUCAUAGUUAAGUACAAUUUAGUUAUUCUUCAAUUUCACAUUUUCUGUUUUAUUUUUUGUAUGUAAUGAAUUGGUGAGAUUGGAAGAUUUUUUGUUGUUACCCUGCAAUGUAUGAUAAAAAAAUUCCAGGCAAAUGCAGCCUUCUGUGCAUGCAGUUCCUGACUUGUUUGCUCCCGAAACAGAAGCAAACCUACAGACAGACUAUAACCACAGUACAGAUAACAUAUCUCAAUACCAAUCUGGAAAAACUUUUGGACUUUGGAAGACUUUUUUUUUCUCUACACUAAAAACUUCAGCACCCAAGUAUUCUGGUAAAAUAAAAAUUGAAUAAUAAUGAAGGUGUAAAUAGGUGCAGUACCUCUGACAUCUGUGGAGUUGUAUCUGUUUAUACCGGGUCUGACUUUAGGUCAGUCGGCUGUUUUCCCCUUCUAUAUCCCUCCAUAUAGACUGCUCUGGUAUAGCUCAAGGACCAGUCUUCUCUUUCUCUAUAAUGACUUUCUAUCUCUGAUUAUAAAAUGUACGUAUAAGAAAGAGAUUUCACUGGAAACUUUCACAUAUUUUAACACACGGGGCUUUUGUAAAUUCUACCUCAUCACACUGAGUCUGUUGUAGUCACUAGAAGUUUGUUAAAGGAAAGAGUUGUGGAAUAUUUACAACUACUUGAUUUAAGAGUUGAACUCUGUAUAAGAGUUGAACUGACACAAGACCUUGGAAAUGAUAGGACGUUAACUAAGUUACAUAAUUUAUUGGUAUUUUUAAUAUUUAGAUCAUAUGUAAGAUAAUUUUAAACAUCUUGUGACUUAAUACACCACUUUUGUUCAUAAAUCAUGAAGAUGCGAUAUUCAUAGUACUAAAACAGCUCUAACAUUUAGAGUUUUUAAGUGGUUGAGUUUCAAAUAUGUCAGCUCAUAAUAAAUAUAAAUAAAUAUUUAUCUGUCAAUAUGUAACAUGCCGAGUAAGGAAAUUUUACCUUAAUUCUUUCUUCCACGUGUAUGAGUUUCAUUUGUUCAUACUGUUAAAAAGGAAGGGGGAAGUCUGCAUAUUUUUGAAUUGGCACAUUUUCUUUAAUAGGUUCCACCUCAGGCAUGGUACAAAUAAACCAUUCAGUGGGUUUUUAUUCUUAGUCUAGUUUUACCCCCUUGAGUUUUUGUGAACCUUAUAUCUUGUUUGACAGUUAGCCACUAGAUGUCAGUAUCUCUGUCUUUAGAUGCCUGUCUCCUUUCUACGUGGGAGUUAAUAUUUAUAGGAACUAAGAAAUAAUACUACAUCUAGAACAGUCCUCUACCAGCUUCUUAACUAAGCUUAUGCAUCUGUGUAGAAAUACAUUUGAGUGCAUAGUUUAUUCUACAGAAGUCAAAUAAGGCAAAUUUUAAAAAGCAGGAAGAAUUGCACUGUUUUUUCGGAGGGGGGAAAAAACCCCAAGGUAUAGCAUCUGUAGCUAUUACAUAGAGAGCAUUUAAUAUCCAGUUAUGUCAGCCACAGCUGUGUCAAAUUUAGUAGAAUGCUUAUUUCUUAGAAAAUUGUAACCUGAAAUGUAUGCAUACAGUACAAAACAAGCAUGAAUUAACAUACUCUGUAGAUCCCUUAAACAACUAAUGGCUUGCAUUAUAGCAGAGCUUGUGCAACAUUUGUUCAUGCUGAACUUCUAUAGAUUCAGUCCAUCAAACAACCUCUUCAACUUUUAAAAUUCAUACACAGUGUAAAAUCCUUUUUUACUGAGAGAAAAUAAGGUGAAAGCACUAAUGUAGUUGCUCAGAUAAGCUUCCCAUCUGAGUUGGGGUUAUCUUUUUAGUUAGUCUCACAGGAGGAGGAUGUUCAGUGGUCCCGAUGCACUGCAGUUUCCCUCAAAUGCAUCUUUACUCACCUGCUUUUAAAUAUAAUUUCUGUGGAGGCUCUUCAUGGCAAACGCCUGUUGUAUGAGAGACUGAACAGAGCAGCUUCAAGGGAAAUUAGUUGCUUGAAAGCUUGCAGUUCAUCUGGGUGGAGUACCUUCCUUCAGUGCUGUUUUCAGUUUUCUAAAUCUCUGAGGCAGUCUGGAAUUUAGCUAACAUCCCCUCACAUAAUAGCACAGAACAAUAUCCCUUAGCUAUUAACUCUGAGGCAUCACAAAGUAAAAACUUCAGAUGCAUACUUGCCAAUUAUUGCUGUCCUGUAUUCUGAUCUACUCAAAGGGGUUGACUCUGACUUGGCUUUUCAGUAAACUGGUAUAGUGAUAAUAUCUAGGAUGACCAAUUUUAUAAAAGCAAAUUAUACAGAAAAACUUUAGGCUGUUCAAUGUAUAUAGUAUUAAUGCCUAGACAUAUGGGGGGGGGGGUGUGUAUGUAUGUGUAUAUAUAUGUGUGUGUGUGCGUGUGCGUGUGUGUGUGUGUAUAUAUAUAUACAUUUUGAAGUUUGUGCCAAUUUGGUUUGACUUGUUUAGAAUAUCUGAAACUGAGUCACAGCAUUUGUACUUAGUUCUAAAUCAAUGUUAUUAUUUUAUGUAUACCAUGUUAAGGAGAGCGAACCCAUAGGCAUUCACUCACGCGAUGCACCUGAGAGUCUUGCUGCUAAGUAAGCUGUACAUUUGUAAAUGAUGUGGGAAUGCAAAAAGAAUAAAUAGACUUUCAACAUAAUGCAUCAAAA